UGUUCUUUCUGUGUCCCCCACCUCUCCUUCUUUUUCUUGUUCAUGUUUUUGUAUUAAUAAUGCAGCAGCACAGCAGAUGUCUUAAUUAUUCUUCCAUGAUUGUUUUUUGUUGAUUUCAUGUAAUUAUUACUAACGCAACGAAUUGCUGUUGUUGUCGUCGUCGUUAUUACAAGCUAAUUAAUUAAUUAAUAAAGUGCACCAAAUGACGAUGAAGAGGUUUGUCUCAUGGUACCCUGUAAUGGUUCUCAUGACUAUCGAUCUUGCCUUUGCCAUUGCCAAUAUACUUCUCAAGAAAAUCGUGAGCAAUGGGACCGAUCAUUUGGUGUUCAUCACUUUUCGACAGGCGAUUUCCGCGAUUUUUUUGUCGCCUUUGGCCUACUUCUUGGAAAGGGGAAAGAGGCCGAAGCUCACCGGAACCAUAUUGUGGCAGCUCUUCGUGAGCGCGAUCAUCGGGGCUUCAGUGACGCAAUAUCUCUUCCUUCUCGGCAUCGAAUACACUUCCGCGACGUUCUCUUGCGCCUUCCUCAACAUGGUCCCCGUCGUCACAUUUUUCAUGGCCUUGCCAUUCCGUUUGGAGAGCGUAGACAUAAAUCAUAGCGGCGGAAUUGCCAAAGUUGUUGGCGCGGUGAUUUGUCUCGGAGGCGCCAUCUUGCUCACGGCGUAUAAAGGGAUUCCUUUGUUCCACUUCUCGCAAGAUGAUCAAGUUACCCGAUCAACGGGACAACAUUAUACAGAGAUAAGUCCUAGUAUUGUAAGGUUAAGAUGGGCGAUCGGUUCGUUGGCCCUUUUUGCGGCCACAAUAUGUUGGUCAUCGUGGUUCAUUCUUCAAUCCUAUAUCGGGAAGAAGUAUCCGUGCCAAUACUCGAGCACGGCUAUCAUGACGUUCUUCAGCGCCAUACAAUCGGCAAUCAUAGGCCUCUCAUUCCAAAGGGACCUCUCAGUAUGGAUUUUCAAGAACAAAACAGAUAUCUACAUUGCCCUUUACGCCGGGAUGAUCGGGUCGGGGCUGUGCUUCGUGGGGAUGACAUGGUGCGUCAAGAAGAAGGGGCCGGUGUUCACGGCGGCUUUCAGCCCGCUCGUGCAGAUAAUGUCGGCGGCGUUCGAAGUCCCGGUCCUCCACGAGCAACUUCAUCUUGGAAGCUUGAUGGGAUCAGUUGCCAUAGUUGUGGGACUGUAUAUUCUGCUCUGGGGAAAAGACAAAGAGAUAAAGCAGCAGCAGAAGAAGAAUAAUGGAUUAGAAUUAGUGUCGUCACCUCAUAAUCAAACUGAAGUCGACCAAAAAGAUUCCAACACAGACUUCCAACCAACCAAACUACAAGUUUAAUUCAUUAUCAUCAUACAUAUUAUGUCAAGUUAUUUUAAUGGAGAAGAUAUUAUUUAUAUAUAUAUAUAUAUUCUG